AUGGCGACUGGAGUGCUACCGCCGGACACGACGCUGGAGUUCCACCUGGUGACGCUGUUCGAGAAGCUGGAGGCGGCGCGCCUGGAGGCGGCGUGCGCCCCCGGGGGCGGCGCGCCCUCGGCGGCGCUGCGCCGGCCCUCGAUGCAGGCCGAGGUGCGCACGCUCGAGUUCUGGCGCUCCAUCAUCUCGGAGUGCCUGGCAUCCUUCUUCUACGUGUUCAUCGUGUGCGGCGGCGCCGCGGCGGCAGUCUCCGGGCCGGCGGCCGGCGGGUCGCCGCUGCUGCUCACCACCGCCAUCGCCACAGGCCUCGCCGUAGCGACGCUCACGCACUGCUUCGGACACAUCUCAGGUGAGCCCCCGCACACUGCUGCUACUCGUUGUGUGUCCCGACGGAAGGCAAACUGGCGACGCCUGCCCCCUUUUUUAUCAUUAGUCUUCUGA